CAGAGCCGGGCCGGCAUCGCGAGCCGGCGGGCCGACCCGCUGCGCUCUGCGGAGGGUGGGACCGGCAGGAAGCGAAAUGGUUACUUUUUUAAAUGCGGGCUCUGGUUACUUUUGAAGAUCGCCGGCCCCUGGCGGGCUCCCGGUGCAGAGCGGAGACGGGGGGUAUUCUCUCCGCGGUGGAGGAUCCUGGGGAGCCGCAGAGCUCGGGCGUGGGGGAUGCAGUGGCCUGGACGAGGCAACUCAAACCCGAGGGAGCAGAGUCAGCGACGCCGGCUGGGACAGAGGGUCUCCGGGGAGCAGUAGGACCUUUUCCCGGACCCCCACGGUUGGUCGCGGCUGCAGGGCAGCCAUUGUUUGAUGUCCUGUGACUGAGAAAACCGGCUUUUUAACUUUAUUAUGCCUUUGGAGAUGGAGCCCAAAAUGAGCAAACUCGCCUUCGGGUGCCAGAGAAGUUCCACAUCAGACGAUGAUUCUGGCUGCGCAUUGGAGGAGUAUGCCUGGGUCCCCCCAGGCCUUAGACCAGAGCAGAUCCAGCUCUAUUUUGCUUGCUUACCAGAGGAAAAGGUUCCUUAUGUUAAUAGCCCUGGAGAGAAACAUCGAAUUAAACAGCUUUUGUACCAGUUGCCACCACAUGAUAAUGAGGUGCGGUAUUGCCAGUCUUUGAGCGAAGAAGAGAAAAAAGAGCUGCAGGUGUUCAGUGCUCAGCGGAAGAAAGAAGCCCUCGGAAGAGGAACGAUUAAACUUUUGUCCAGAGCAGUAAUACACGCCGUGUGUGAGCAGUGUGGGUUGAAGAUAAAUGGAGGUGAAAUCGCAGUGUUUGCCUCGCGCGCAGGCCCGGGAAUAUGCUGGCACCCAUCCUGUUUUGUCUGCUUCACAUGUAACGAGCUGCUGGUCGACCUCAUCUAUUUUUAUCAGGAUGGAAAAAUUCACUGUGGCAGGCACCAUGCUGAACUGCUCAAACCACGGUGUUCAGCAUGUGAUGAGAUAAUUUUUGCUGAUGAGUGCACAGAAGCCGAGGGUCGCCAUUGGCACAUGAAACACUUCUGCUGCCUUGAGUGUGAAACGGUCCUAGGAGGACAGAGGUAUAUCAUGAAGGAUGGCCGCCCAUUCUGCUGUGGCUGUUUUGAGUCUCUCUACGCCGAGUACUGUGAAACCUGUGGGGAGCAUAUUGGUGUCGACCAUGCACAGAUGACCUACGAUGGGCAGCACUGGCAUGCUACAGAAGCCUGCUUUUCUUGUGCCCAGUGUAAAGCCUCUUUGCUGGGGUGUCCCUUCCUUCCCAAACAAGGUCAGAUUUAUUGCUCAAAAACAUGCAGCCUUGGCGAAGACGUCCAUGCCUCUGAUUCUUCCGACUCCGCAUUUCAGUCUGCUCGAUCAAGAGACUCCAGAAGAAGUGUCCGGAUGGGCAAGAGCAGUCGGUCAGCGGAUCAGUGUAGACAGUCUCUCCUUUUGUCCCCUGCUCUAAACUACAAGUUUCCUGGCCUUUCAGGCAAUGCUGACGACACCCUUUCUCGGAAAUUGGAUGAUCUGAGUCUCUCCAGGCAGGGAGUGAGUUUUGUCAAUGAAGACUUCUGGAAAGGCAGAGUAGAGCAUGAAACCCCAGAAGACCCCGAAGAAUGGGCUGAGCAUGAAGAUUAUAUGACGCAGCUCCUCCUCAAGUUUGGUGAUAAAAGCCUCUUUCAGCAGCAACCCAAUGAGAUAGAUAUUCGAGCCAGUGAGCAUUGGAUAUCUGAGAACAUGGUUAAAAAUAAGACCGAGUUAAAGCAAAAUAACCAGAGCCUUGCAAGUAAAAAAUACCAAUCUGAUAUGUAUUGGGCACAGUCACAAGAUGGACUGGGAGAUUCUGCUUAUGGCAGCCACCCAGGGCCUGCAAGCAGUAGAAGGCUCCAGGAGUUGGAUCUGGACCAUGGGGCUUCAGGAUACAAUCAUGAUCAAACACAGUGGUAUGAAGAUUCCCUGGAGUGUUUGUCCGAUCUGAAACCAGAGCAGAGUGUUCGGGAUUCUAUGGAUUCUUUGGCUUUGUCUAACAUCACAGGGGCUUCGGUAGAUGGAGAAAGUAAGCCGAGGCCAUCGUUGUAUUCUCUGCAAAACUUUGAGGAAAUGGAGGCAGAAGAUUGUGAGAAAAUGAGCAAUAUGGGGACUUUGAACUCUUCCAUGCUGCACAGGAGUGCAGAGUCCUUAAAGAGUCUGAGUUCAGAGAUGUGUCCAGAAAAAAUCAUGCCUGAGGAGAAGCCAGUACAUCUGCCAGUGCUCAGAAGGUCCAAGUCUCAAUCCAGACCACAGCAGGUCAAGUUUUCAGAUGAUGUCAUUGACAAUGGAAACUACGACAUCGAGAUCCGGCAGCCUCCGAUGAGCGAGAGGACUCGGAGACGGGUCUACCACUUUGAAGAGAGAGGAUCCAGGUCUCAUCACCAUCGCCGCAGGAGAAGUAGGAAGUCCCGUUCUGACAACGCCCUGAAUCUAGUCACAGAAAGAAAAUACUCUCCCAAGGACAGGCUGCGUCUUUACACCCCCGAUAACUAUGAGAAAUUUAUACAGAAUAAAAGUGCCCGGGAGAUCCAAGCGUACAUCCAGAAUGCUGACCUCUAUGGACGGUAUGCCCAUGCCACUUCCGAUUAUGCGCUGCAGAACCCCGAAGUGCAUCGGUUCCUGGGACUCUACGGUGAGGAUGAUGACUCCUGGUGUUCCUCCUCCACGUCCUCCUCCGACUCAGAAGAAGAAGGGUAUUUUCUCGGACAACCAAUUCCUCAACCCCGGCCACAGAGAUAUGCCUACUAUACAGAUGACCUUUCUAGUCCAACUUCUGCGCUCCCUACUCCUCAGUUUGGUCCGAGGACGACUAAAUCCAAGAAGAAAAAGGGACACAAGGGCAAAAACUGUAUUAUUUCUUAACCUAGUAGCUGUGGAGAUCUUGUUUAAACUUAGCCAUUAACCACCUUGAAUCAUAUCUUUUUUCUUCCAUAGGAAAGUUGCUAAAAUAGUUUAAAGUGCUUUGCCCGUGUAAAUGAGCCCCCGACUGCUGUUUACAGUGUCAGAUUAACAUUUGGAAGGUGUGAUUUCUCCAGUUUACCCUCCCUGGAUGGUGCCAGGUUGGUUGCUGUGACAUCUUGUGCCUGUCAGGUGCAUUACAGUUUUACAUAGCUGCUUUGGUCUCCAAUCCUUAAGAGAAUGUCCUCAAACUAUUGAGAGGUGAUCGCAGGGGAGGUGGGGGAGGGUAUUGAUUUCAGAAGAUGGAGAACUUCAGCUACCUUUGUAAAGCAAUAGUGUUUGUUGUUCCUCUACGCCAGGUUGGCCCAGGUCCUGAUUGGUCUGUCUUGUUGUGCGGCAUGCACGUGGUCACACUGACCUAGCCAACACUGUGCGUCCCAUCCUGCGAGGCCACUUUGUCCCCUUUCAGUCCUCUUUAGCCAGGUAAACGUUGUAUUAGCUCCAGCUACAGAUCGAAAAAAACAUUGCUAUUUAUAAUGUAGUAUUUCAUAGACUUAAGUGUAUUCCUAAUUUAACGGUGCAAAUAUUAAUGUACAUAUUGUACAGUUCAGAUUUUAAAGCUGAUAUUUUUAUACCCCUGAAUUGCAAGAUGUUUGUUACACUGCAGUGCUAGAUUUGUUAGGGAACCAGAAACAGCAUUUAUGGAUGAAAUGAUUGCUUGUAUUUUAGUCAGGGUUUAUAAGUUUAGAUGGUCAAAUUUAUACUGACUAGUGAUGAAAAGUUCAAUUUUUUGAUUUUUCAAUUAAAAAGGCUCUGUAUGCAUGGUGGGGCUAUGUAAAUACUCUUUAAAACUAUGGCCCUAUUAAUCUUAAACGAGUGUUAUUUAUGGGUCAAGCAAUGUAAACUGUAUAAAUGUAAAAACAAAAAACCCCAUAUAUACUCCUGGAAUAUAUGGUAAAAACAAGUAGAAGCUGUUUGGGUGGAUGUUUUUUUCCCUUUGGGGAUGGUGUGUGGGGGGAUGGGGAGUGCCUUUCUCAUUUUUAGCAAGGUGGUGAUUAUCUCAUGGGAAGAGACCAAAACUACAAGGAUCUGCUUUUUUUGUGGCAGAGGACUUUGUAGAUUAUCUGAAGAGAGGUUAUUUCUCUCUAUCCCUCCCUUCCAGCUAAUUUGUUGGCCUCUAAGCAGCAAUUUUGAAAAGUGGGCCUUCUGAUUAUCUUUUUCUUUUAAAAUCUUUAAAUUAGAGGAUGCUGUACCACUGACUACUUCAAGUUAAUAUGAGGUUCUAUUUCAAGGGAAUAUUAUCUUGAAUUUGAACUCGAGCUGAUAUUUUGGUGUGUGCCAUUCUUGCUCAUACAUUUUGGUCCUAAAUAAGGUCCUAGUGGUAUUUUGGACCUCUAGGACGGGAUUUAAUAAUAAAUAAUAAACUACAUACCUUUCUGAACAGAAAUCUUUGCAAACAUAUUCAGAUGACUUCCACUUUGUCUCUCUGUUCAGGCACGAUUUAUUUUGCCAUUCUUCUGUCAUUAACAGACUACCAUUUGACUCCUGUGUAUCCACUGCCCCUACUAGUAGGUGAGAAAUUGGACUUGAGGCAGAGUUGUCUAUCUACUGGAAUGGGCAAAAGCUGUUAAGCCUUGGGCAGGGGGGACAUGAAUCCCGUAGGUAAACCAGUAGUCGAUAGCAUCCCUUACACCCAUCCCUGGAUAAGGGCAAGACUUUGAGCUAGACACAAAGAGCACUUUACUCAAUAACUAUCAUUUCUCUGGCCUCAUUCAUUUAAAAACUGUGUCAGCAAUGAAAAGGAAAUGCAUGCACGUCGUAAAAAAAAAAAUUCAAACAAGACAGCAAAGUGUCUCCUUUCCACUCUUCAUCCUCAGUCCCUCAGUUCCCCUCCCCAAAAGUAACCACUAUUAUCCAAUUUCUAGUGUAUCUUUAAGAUGUUAAAGCAAAUUUAUACAAACAUACUUCUUUAAAAAUGGUAGCAAACUAUACACAUUGAGACUUGCUUAUUUUACUUCAUAUGGCGAUAUUCACAUUAGUGCAUAUAGGUCUGCCUCAUUCUUCCAAUGACUGCAUAAAUGUUCCACUUUUCGAUAUACCAUAAUUUAUUUAACCAGUCUCUCAGCGAUGGACUAAAAUUUCCUCAUAGAUACCUUAUUCUGUACCCGCACAUAUGCACAUCAAUUAUGAGCAGCAUAAUUACUAGAACAAAGGUUAUACAUUUAAAAUUUUGAUGGAUAUCAACAAUUUUCUUCCAAAAGAAAUUCUCCUGAUUUACAUUUACACUAACAAUGUAUGAGAGUGCUAUUUCCAUCACAAUCUCCCAUAACAUAGUAACAAAUUUGUUGAUUUUGAAAAAAUUUCCAGAACCUAAUGUUGUAAAGAGUGGGCAUCCUUUUAGAAAAGACUGUUAUGAUGUGUUGCUUAUAAAGGAUGGAUAACAAAUAAUAAACAGGUAAUAAAUACUUAGCUUGGGGAGACGCAGGUAUAAACUGAAGUCACUGUCCUCAGUUUUCAAGUCAUUCUCAAAAGAUUAGUUGCUUUUAUUUUUCACUCUAUUCAUUUUUUUUCAUUUCCUUAUAUAGAGGUUAUAUAGGUUGCCAGUGGCUCAAAGAAAAUGCAGAAAUAUUUAUUCACAAUGAUAAUGUAAACUUUAAAGCUUUUAAAUCUUGGUUAGUAGCAAUAACAAGGCUGUACAAGGGAAGAAAGGGAAGCGACUGCCUUAUGGUUCUAUAAGGAAUUGGCAAGAAAAUUAAUCAUAUAGUUGCUAAAAGGUGUUCAUAGAUUUAGUUAACAAGACUGCAGAGUAUCUGGUCAGUCACUAAAUGCUAGAAUUUGAUCCCAAGGUAUCAAAUGUUAAAGCACUGCCUCUAAUCACUGUGGGUGAAGCAGAACCCUAAUGGUUGCAUUUUCCUCACUUGAGACCAAAUUGGAGAACGUUUUGCUUGAGACCCACAGAAGAGCACUGAAAAAUGUCAACACGGAAUGCCUUUUGUAUAUGUUAUGUACCUUUGAGUUGGCCCCUACUCCUGGCAACCCUAUGAGUGAGCAAUGGCCACAAUGUCCUGUCUUCCACAGCCCUGCCCAGCUCCUAUAGACAUGCCUAUGGCUUCUUUCAUGGGGUCAGUCCAUCUCAUAUUUGGUCUUCCUCUUUUCCUGCUGCCUUCCAUUUUUCCCAGCAUAAUUGUCUUUUCCAAAGAACCCUGCCUUCUCGUGAUGUGCCUGAAGCAGGAUAGCUUCAGUUUUGUCAUUUUUGCCUCCAAUAUUUCAGGCUUAAUUUGUUGAAGGACCCACUUGGUCAUCUUUCUGGUGGUCCAGGGUAUCCAUAGAGCUCUACUACAACAUCAUCUUUCAAAUCAUGUUUUUUCCUGUCGGCCUCCUUCAUUGUCCCAACUUUGGGAUCUGUACAUAGUACCUGGGGAUACGAGGGUGGAGAUGAUCUUAGGCUUGGUCUCUAAUGACACAUCUUUGUUCUUAGUGAUCUUUCCUGAUUCUUCCGUUACCCUUCAGACUCAGCCUUCUCUUGAUUUCUUGGCUGCAGUGUCCAUGCGAAUUAAUGACCAAACAAGGUAAGCAAAAUCUUUAACAACUGCAUUAUUUUCAUUGUCUAUGUUAAUGUUGUAUAUUUCUUCUAUAGUCAUGUUCAAAUGCAGUCCUGCUUUGGCACUUUCUUCUUUCAUCAAAAGUCGUCAAAUUAUUGCUACUUCCUACCAAUAAGAUGGUGUCAUCUGCAUGUCUUAAGUUACUGAUAUUUCUUCCACCAGUUUUCACUUCUUAUUCCUCUGAUUCUAGCCCUGUUUUUCAUGUAUGUUCUGCAUGCGGAUUAAAUAAUUAGGGAGGUAAAAUGCACUCUUGUCUGACACCUUUGCCUAUAGGAAACUGUUCUGUCUCUCCAUAUUCUGUCCCGACAGUGACUUCCCGUGCACAAUACAAGAUACACAUCGGGACAAUCACGUGGCGAGGCGUGCCCAGUUUUUUCAGAGCAAGCAUAGCUUUUCAUGACCCUCACAGUCAAAGGCUAAGUAGUCUAUAAAAUGUGGACUAACCUAAAAUUCUUUGGAGCACUCCUUUUAGCUCUCAUUAAAAGAAAAUGAUUCAUUUUGUAUAUGCAUUUACUAUCUUUGACACUCUGCUUUCUAGUUCCUGAGUUUAAAAAGUGCCAGAAGUAAAAGGAGAUUCAUUUGCUGUCUAGCCCUCUCACUUUAUAUACAAAUCAUGGACCUUCUUUAAAGGGUGGCAACAUUGGAAUGGACACCUAAGACUGCUAGAUUUCCCUUGUGGCACGUGUCCUUGGCCCAGCUUGGUCCUUGGGUGAUAGGACCUGGAUGUACUGGUAUGGAUGUAUUUUAGGAGUGCCCAGAGGAUCUCAGCAUAGGCAAUAAAUUAUUAACACAGUGUGGGCGUA